AUGCGCAGGUACAAAAUCGGCGACUCGUUCAUGCACCUCCCGCUGGCCGAAGCACAGGAACUGCUGUCGACGCAGACGACGGAAAUCGAAGGCGAGGUGUCGGUGCUCGAGGAGGAACUGGAGACCAUCAGGGAGCAGAUUCGCGGCUUGAAGGCGCACCUCUACGCUCGGUUCGGGAAAGGCAUUAAUCUCGAAGCUUGA